UAGGCUUGUCUUAACAAAACAAGAAUGGGUUCCAAAGCAUUUCUGUUUCUUGGCCUGCUUUUGGCUAUUUUUAUAAUGAUAAGUUCUGAAGUUUUAGCUCGUGAGUUGGCUGAGAAUGCAAAAAGAUCUGAAAACAAGAAUGAAGUACAUGAAGACCAAUAUGAUGGUGGAUACCCUCGUGUAAACCCUGGUGGUACACGACGUGGUGGAUACCCUGGUGAUGGAUACCCUCGUGUAAACCCUGGUGGUACACGACGUGGAGGAUACCCUGGUGAUGGAUACCCUCGUGUAAACCCUGGUGGUACACGGCGUGGAGGUACCUGCCGCCGUAAUGACGAUGGUUGUUAUAGGUGUUGCUCCUACAAAGGUGAGGCAAUGGACAAAGUGACUGAAGGCAAACCGCACAAUUGAUAGUAAUUAUGUGGAGCAAUAUGUGUAAUCAAAACUUUUGUAUGGGCUGUUAUGUAAUUAUAUAAUAAUGCUCUUUCUACUUUAGAGCAAUUAAAGCUUUUGUGUGAGCAGUUAUACGUAAUAUACAGUAAUGCUCUUUCCACUUUAGAGCUUACUAUAUAAUUAGUAUGAAAUACUACUAUGAAUAAAAGCCAUGCAUCUUGUGUUGUA